AGAAAAACAAGACCAUUUAUCCGGUCGGAGGAGGGAGGAAUUCACAAUCUGUUUUUUUUUUCCUUUGGCGAUCGUUAGACACCUGGCGAUUUGUUCCGACUCGGCCAUGAACACCGAAUCAGUAGUGGAGUUUCUUGGAAACGUGCCCUUACUUCAGAAGCUGCCGAGUUCUUCUCUUAAGAAAAUCGCCCAAGUUGUUGUCUUGAAACGCUACGCGAGAGGGGAGUAUGUGAUUCGGGAAGAACAAGCUUGGGAUGGUUGCUAUUUCAUUUUCUCUGGAGAGGCUCAGGUUUCCGGACCCGAAGAAGAAGAAAAUCGUUCCGAAUUUCUCUUGAAACAAUAUGAUUACUUUGGCCAUGGUAUUUCUGCGCAUGUUCAUUCAGCAGACAUAAUUGCUACCUCCGAGCAGCUCACAUGUUUGGUGUUGCCGCGUGAUCAUUGCCGUUUGCUUGAGACAAAUUCAAUCUGGCAGUCGGAUCAAGAAGUCGACAAAUGCUCUUUAGUCGAACGCAUUUUACAUCUUGACCCUUUAGAACUGAAUAUCUUCAGGGGUAUCACUCUACCUGAUGCUCCCAUCUUUGGCAAAGUUUUCGGUGGUCAAUUUAUGGGACAGGCACUUGCUGCGGCAUCAAAAACUGUUGAUUUUCGGAAGAUUGUCCACAGUUUUCAUUCUUAUUUUCUUCUCGUUGGAGAUAUCGAUAUCCCCAUUAUAUAUCAAGUUCACCGUAUACGUGAUGGGAAUAACUUUGCCACCCGAAGAGUAGAUGCUAUACAGAAAGGGAAUAUCAUCUUCAUUUUGAUGGCUUCUUUUCAGAAAGAGCAACAAGGAUUUGAUCACCAAGAGUCAACCAUGCCCUCUGCACCUGAUCCUGAUACGCUUUUAUCACUAGAGGAGUUGCGUGAACGUCGUAUAACUGACCCUCAACUACCUAGGAGUUACCGGAACAAAGUUGCAACUGCAAAUUUCAUUCCAUGGCCUAUAGAGAUUCGGUUUUGUGAGCCCAGUAAUUCUACAAACCAGACAAAGUCUCCACCGAGAUUAAGGUAUUGGUUUAGAGCAAAGGGAAAGCUUUCUGAUGACCAAGCUUUGCAUCGAUGUGUUGUGGCAUUUGCUUCGGAUUUGAUAUUUGCAAGUAUCAGUUUGAACCCUCACCGAAGAAAGGGCCUGAGAUCUGCUGCACUUAGCCUUGACCAUGCGAUGUGGUUUCACCGACCUCUAAGAGCUGAUGACUGGUUGCUUUUUGUGAUUGUUAGUCCAACUGCGCACAUGACCAGGGGUUUUGUCACUGGUGAAAUGUUCAACCGAAAAGGAGAGCUGGUUGUAUCGUUAACGCAAGAGGCCUUGUUAAGAGAGGCAAGACCUCCUAAACCCUCCGUGACGUCGAAGCUCUGAUUUGGCUCAUUGUUAGUUUAAGAUGCGGCGAAUAAAGAAGAAUAAAUAUAUACUGAAGACAUUAGAAAAACCAUUUGGUAAUAAUAAGAUUGAUGUUACCCCAUAUCUUUGGUAUGAUUCGGUUUGCAUGUGUUAUGAUGAUGCCAUGUAUUCAUAUCUAAUCUAUUAAAAGUGAAGUACAAUUAAUACUUAA